AGAGCUGCUGUUCCAGAGGCAUCAGUGCAGCUUCAUCCACACUCUGGAGGUUGGCCAACAGCUCUUCUCCAUGGGGGACGAGGAGACCCAGGCUCAGCUGCAGGCGGAUCUGGGAACUCUGCAGGAGGAGUGGGACAACCUUCACAGCCUACUGGGCCAUAGGAUGGAGCUUAUCCGGGCUGUUGUAAAGAACUGGGAGCGCUGCGAGGCUGGACUGACUGACAGCAUGUUGCAGCUGAAGGACGUGAAGACCAGACUGAACCAGUCGAUGCCAGAGUGUGAUGACAAGCUGCAGAGUGCAGAGAACUUCAACAAGGAGAUCGAGGACUCCCUGGAGGACUGGGCUAAGAGCCUGACGGAGCUGAGCACCAUGAAGACGGAUCUGUCCCAGUACAUCAUCGCCGACGAUAUGCUGCUGGUGCAGGAGCAGGUGGAGCACCUGCACUGCCAGUGGGAGGAACUCUGCCUCAAGGUGUCUCUGCGUAAACAGGAGAUCGCCGACCGUCUGAACGCGUGGAUCAUCUUCAAUGAGAAGAACAAGGAGCUGUGUGAGUGGCUGACGCAGAUGGAGAAUAAAGUGGCACACAGCUCCGACCUCACCAUCGAGGAGAUGGUGGAGAAACUCAAGAAGGACUGUAUGGAGGAGAUCAACCUGUUCAGUGAGAAUAAAACCCAUCUGAAGCAGCUCGGAGAACAACUCAUCACUGCCAGCAACAAGACUAAAGCCGCAGAGAUCAACGACAAGCUGAAGGACAUAAAUGACCGCUGGCAGCACCUGUUUGACCACAUUGAGGCCAGGGUGAGGAAGCUGAAGGAGACGCAGGUGACAGUGCAGCAGCUCGAUAAGAACAUGAGCAACCUGCGGACGUGGUUGUCUCGUAUCGAGGUGGAGCUGGCGAAGCCGGUGGUCUACAGUGUUUGCCACAGCGACGAGAUUCAGAGGAAGUUGGCUGAGCAGCAGGACCUGCAGCGAGACAUAGAGCAGCACACGGAGAGCGUGGCGUCUGUGCUGACGCUGUGUGAUGUCCUGCUCCACGAUGCUGACGCCUGUGGCAGCGACUCGGAGAACGACCCGAUCCAGCAGACCACCUGCAGCCUGGACCGCCGCUGGAGGAACAUCUGCGCCAUGUCCAUGGAGAGGAGAAUGAGGAUCGAGGAGACCUGGCGCCUCUGGUGCAAGUUUCUGGACGACUACUCUCGCUUUGAAGACUGGCUGAAGACAGCUGAGCUCACGGCAGCCAACCCCGGCUCGGCUGACGUCCUUUACACCUGCGCCAAGGAGGAGCUCAAGAAGUUUGAGGCGUUCCAGAGGCAGGUUCAUGAGCGUCUCACUCAGCUGGAGCUGGUUAACAAACAAUACCGCCGUCUGGCCCAGGAGAACCGAACUGACGCUGCCAGCAAGCUUAAAGUCAUGGUGCAUGAUGGGAACUGGCGAUGGGACAGCCUGCAGAAGAGGGUGGCAGCGGUACUCCGUAGACUCAAGCACUUCACCGCUCAGAGAGAAGACUUUGAGGGAACGCGUGAGGGGAUCCUGGUCUGGCUGACAGAGAUGGACCUGCUGCUCACCGACGUGGAGCACCUCUCUGAGAGCGACAUCGAGGACAAGAUGAGGCAGCUGAACGGCUUCCAGCAGGAGAUCAACCUGAACACCGACAAGAUUGACGCCCUGAUUGUGUUUGGGGAGAACCUGAUCCAGAAGAGCGCCCCUCUGGAUGCCGUGCUGAUUGAGGAUGAGCUGGAGGAGCUCCACUCCUACUGCCAGGAGGUGUUUGGCCGGGUGGCGCGCUUCCACCACCGCCUCGUCAACAGACGGCCGGUCCUGGAGGAGGACAGGGUGCUGUCAGACCAUGACACAGACCUGGGAGAUUCUCCUGAUGCGGCCAAUGGGACUUCAUGGAGAGAGGCGAGGAAGAAAGAGGAGGAGGAGGAGGAAGUUCCAGCGGUAGGUGGAGUCUCAGCUGGACAACAGGCCACUUGCCACCUCUUGGCACCCCCUCAGGAGCGUUCAGGCAGAGAGACCCCCGUCAGCGUGGACUCCAUCCCACUGGAGUGGGACCACACGGUUGACGUGGGAGGAUCGUCAUCACACGAGGAUGACGAGGAUGCCACCUUCUUCAGUGCUCUGUCAGAUGUGGAGGUCACAGAGUGCUCUGAAUCCUUUGUUAGAGCCACUGUCAGAGCAGCGAAAGCAGCCUCGGUGAAGUCGGCGACUGACCCGCCCAGCUGGCACCAACCCGGCUCCCCAGAGAAGAAUCGAGUUCCCCAAGAAAUCAUCCAAAGCCUGAGCUCGUCACCAGCACACAUGGCCGGUGCUCCGUUCCACCAGCAGGGCUACGCUAAGCUGAUGCCGGAGUGCAGCGGCAGCGUCGACAGUGUCAAGAGAGUCAAGUUGAUCCUGAGCGAUGAGGAUGUUGGUCUGAGCAGCAGCACGGCCGACAAACAAACCAGCACAGGUGUGAUCGAGCGCUGGGAGCUGCUACAAGCACAAAAGUUCAAAAACGAGGCGGACAUCAGGGACGACCUGGAGCAGUGGCAGAAGCUCAACACUGACCUCUGUGAUGUCACUUCCUGGUUGGGCAGCGUUCUGCCAGAGCUGGAGAGGCUGCAGCGGCUUGCACCGUCCACAAGCAUCCGAGAUAUUGAAGUCGAUGUUGGGAAACUCAAGGAGAUACAGAGGACUUUCAACAGCUACAAGGCUCUGAUGAUCUCCAUCAACCUGAGCAGCUGCCACUUCCUGCCUGGCGACAGCGUCGAGCUUCAGGAGCUGCAGGAAGCCCUCAGCUCAGCCAACAACAGCUGGACGCAGGCCUGCAGUGGCCUGGAGAGCUGGGAGGGGAGGCUGCGCUCUGCGCUCAUGCAGUGUCAGGAGUUUCAUGAGAUGCUGCACGCCCUGCUGCUGUGGCUCGCUCAGGCUGAGAACAGACUGCAUUCUGUAAACGUCAGCGACCCGUCGACCCCUCGCUCUGCGCUGCUGGAGCACCGAGACACGCUGAUGGCUGUGCAGGAGGAGCUGAGAGGUCGUCAGCAGCAGGUGUCCUCGCUGCAGGAGAUCUCCGCUCACCUCCUGCCCGAGGUGGCUCGAGACGACACCAUGGAGGCCAAAGAGAAGGUCCACGUCAUAGCCAACAAGCUGCGUCUGCUGCUGCGACAGGCGGCUGAUGACCUGAACGUGCUGCAGGGAAGACUGGAAACCUGCUCAGCCCCUUCUGAAGUGGACAGCAUCGUCCCAGGGAUGCUCCGCUCUCCUCAGCUGCACAAGGAGGAGGCUGGUGUCCAGGCAGCUCCAGUCAGACCAGCAGGGACUACAAGGCAGGAGAGGAGGGAUGCUUCCCCACACCGCCCCUUCCUGUACCGGGUGCUACGAGCUGCCUUCCCCCUGCAGCUGCUCUUCUUCCUGCUGCUGGUCCUGGCCUGCCUGGUGCCUCUGUCUGAGGACUACAGCUGUGCACUUUCCAACAACUUUGCUCGUUCUUUCUACCCCAUGCUGCAUUACACCAACGGCCCUCCCCCCACAUGAACGCUGCCACUCACCAGCAAAGUUGUCCGAGCUCUCCUGCUGACUGGAGCCCUGUGAAGAAGAACACAGCACAUGAGGUUGGAAAUAAAUGGACAGCGUUCCAGUCCAAGUUCACCGUUUCCUAUUUGAGGGCCUCGUCUUUUGUUUUGCACUCUAAAUUUUAUCUUUGUAUUUAAAACCCUUAUUUAUUGUUUAGGGCUCAACACUUACAUAAAAAGCCACAAUCCUAGUUUGUAUCAAAGUUUUGUGAUUAUGACGUACGUCUGCCAGAAAAUGUCCUCACCGAGUUUCUGCCAUAAUAUGGUGCAGACAAAACAGGGUUACGAGAGUUGUAUCUACAUUUUAAGGACAGUUCCUAACAAGGCAUCCACAGUACACCGGUCAGUUUCUACCACCGUCUUCCAUCGAGGUCAGCUGGCAGCACAUUUUGUACAGAUAUAAAAAGACGGGUUUAGAUUUUGUUGGUUAACUUAAAGAUCUGUAAGAUGACCUUUUUAGAUGGGAGUUACUGCCCACAUGCCUUUCUGUAGCCAAUCAUGUACUUUUGUGUUAGUAAUUUUGUAUAUAGUGGCAAACUACUGAAAGAAAUAAAUGUGGCACUGAAAUCCUCCAAUGAAUAGAAUCAAAAGCAAAGUGCUGCUGGUUUUUACCUGCCAUAGCAGAACAUUCAGUUGGCAUAUUACUCAUUGUCCUUGAGUAUUUAAACUUGCCUUCAACAUUUCAGCAAAUCAUAAACCUACAGUUUUGCACAGAGGCAUGGCUCCUCAGAUUAAAGCUGCAUUAGCCAAGACAGCAGCAGACACAGAGCAACAUCGUCUUCACUGGCUACUCUAACGUUGCUUUGUGAAAAUGUUACACCUGCAGUGGUGUAGGAUUCAACCCUCCAGUCUGUAAAACCAGCAAAACCAGACAAAGCUCUGCAGAGUUGUGGGUUUGGCACAAACUACCAUUUAACACUUCUGAGUUGAUAUAACUGCUUAAAGAGGUUUUAAAUGGAUUAUUUUUUUAAAGAUCUUGUUAAUAUCGAUACCAAAAUAACUCUCCUGUGUGUAAAGAUCAACAGCAGCAAACAUUACACCACUGUUUAACAAAUAGCACACAACUACUUCUCAUGUAGAAAUACCAAAACAAAGAAAAGGUUCAUGACUUACCCAACACUUGGCCCCAUGGAGUAAAGCCCUGCAGACAUCAGACAAAGAAUUAUUAAAAAUAAAAAGCACCGUCAGUUACACUGCAACAUGUGACAUUUACCUGAACGCUGCUGUAAGACGCUCCUCUUCCAGGCAUUGGGACUCCUGUCAAAUUCUGGAACAUGCCAGACUCAAGCAGGACAUGAAUGUAAGCGAUGCUUUGGGCAUUGAAUGUACUUGUGUACAUGCACAAUCAUGGACGAUUCGUGGUAACUUACAAUGCUAACAAAUAUAUCAGAGAGGAGUCUGAUGUUUGAUCCUAAGUUGUACAUAGCCUCAGAACAGACCAACACAAAACAUGGACUAUGAUUUAUUUUGCAGACUUGUAUUUAUGGGAUGUAAAAGAUUGUCAUAUUUGAUUUACAAUAAACUGUUUGCCAUGAUUUGCUGAUGUACGUUUACUGUAUCAACUGCUUAAGAGCUGACAGGCAAAACUUUCAACACAUUUCACAGGUGUCGUGUGUAGUGCACAAACUGUAAAGACAAAUACUUUCAGCAUCAGACUUGUUGUUUGAGCGUUCGUGCUCAUGCACGUACAAGCCACAGACAUCAGGAAAGCAAGAAGAGUGCACAUGUAUGUCUUUUACCAGUAGUAGAAUAAUCUGGCACCAAGGCUGAAUCUACGCCGACAGACAAGUGGCACAGCUCACGACUCCAACCAGCUUCUUUAUGAUACAUGAACUUCUACAGCAUUUAUUCCUUUUGGUUUGCUUGAACCUUUGUGAGCUCAGCUGUGCUCUGGUGGAAACCACAGCCAAACAGCACUAAACAAGCCGAGUCAGUAGUCUGACAACACUACUACUACCGACACUACUGACGUGGGCAGAGUCAUUUUUUAAUGAAUGAAGUUUAGGUUUAAAAA